UUUUUUCGCCCGCCAUUCUCGUCAAAAGUCCACACAAGAUUGCCACAAGGAUUUUUGUUGAAUUUUAUUUUUUUUUUAUAUUUUGUGUAAAUUAUUUAUAAUUUUUACUAUUUUAUUUUAUUUGAAAUAAUAAGAAAAAUUGUUGUUUUAUUUGCUAAUAAAUUGAUUUAUAAUAAACUUACAAAAGAAUCAAGUUAUAUUUUCUAGAACAAAAAUUCAAGGACAAAAUGGAACCCAGCAGUCGCCAAAAUGCCUACAAAAAUAAUUCAAUUAAUAGCCAGGAAAUGCGAAUGCGCCGACACGAGGUCACAAUUGAACUUCGUAAAUCGAAAAAAGAAGAUCAAUUGUUUAAGAGGCGCAACAUCAACGAAGAUGAUGUUACUUCGCCGCUGAAAGAAGUCAAUGGACAAUCGCCGGUUCAAAUGUCCGUGGACGAGAUUGUUCAGUCUAUGAAUAGCACCGAUCCAGAUCGUCAAUUCAUGGGCACACAGGCUGCUCGCAAAAUGCUUAGUCGGGAACGUAAUCCACCAAUCGAUAUGAUGAUUGGACAUGGAAUUGUUCCAAUUUGUGUGAGAUUCUUGCAGAGAUCUGAAAAUUCCUUACUUCAAUUUGAAGCUGCAUGGGCAUUGACAAACAUCGCCUCAGGUACUGCGGAGCAGACAAGAUGUGUUAUCGAUGCCGAUGCUGUGCCUCAUUUCAUUGCCUUGUUGCAAUCGAAGAUGAUUUCGGUUGCGGAACAGUCUGUUUGGGCAUUGGGUAAUAUUGCCGGUGAUGGAGCAAAAGCCCGUGACAUUGUCCUCAGUCACAGAGUUGUCGAUGGUAUUCUUCAACUAAUCAAUGAGAAUACACCACUGUCGUUCUUACGAAACAUAGUUUGGUUAAUGUCGAAUUUGUGUCGGAAUAAGAAUCCUUCACCACCAUUUGAUGAGAUUAAACGUUUGUUGCCAGUAUUGUCGCAAUUGUUGUGCGGAAAUGAUGUUCAAGUGUUGGCUGAUGCAUGUUGGGCAUUAUCAUAUGUCACAGACGAUGAUAAUGUUAAAAUCCAAGCUGUCGUUGAAACAGGAGUUGUGCCACGAUUGGUGAAUCUUUUGGCUACAGAUGAACCAAGUAUUAUUGUUCCGGCAUUGCGCAGUGUGGGUAAUAUUGUCACUGGAACAGAUCAACAGACUGAUGCUGUAAUUGCUGCAGGUGGCUUACCAAAGUUAGGACUGCUUCUUCAACACUCGAAGCAUAAUAUUGUCAAAGAAGCUGCUUGGACUGUUAGUAACAUUACAGCUGGCAAUCAGAAACAAAUUCAAGCUGUUAUCGAUGCUGAAAUCUUUGUUCACAUUCGCAAGGUCAUGGAAAAAGGUGAUUUCAAAUCACAAAAAGAAGCCGCCUGGGCGGUUACAAAUACAACAACCAGUGGCACACCCGAACAAAUUAUCGAUCUAAUUGAAAAGUACCAAGUACUCAAACCCUACUGUGAUCUUUUGGAGAAUAAAGAUGCCCGUACUAUUAAAGUUGUCCUCACUGGACUCACAAAUCUAUUUGCUUUGGCAGAGAAACUCGGUGGAACUGAGAGUUUGUGUUUGACGAUAGAACAAAUGGGUGGUUUGGAUAAAUUGGAAAAUCUACAAACUCAUGAAAACGAAGAAGUCUAUAAGAAGGCGUAUGCUAUUGUCGAUUCGUACUUUAGCAAUGGCAAUGACAACGAGUCUGAAUUGGCUCCAAAGGAAUUGAAUGGUGCGCUCGACUUUAAUUCGUCAUCACAGCCAAAUGCACCAGAGGGCGGAUUUAAUUUUUAGGGUUUUCUCAUCCUUCUCAUUUGCCGGUUGUUAAUCAUAUAAUUAAUUCAUUCGUUUAUAUAUUUUUGAUGAUCAUUUAAUUUUUUUGUUUCGAUUGUACACAAUUGUUUACUCUUUUUUUACUAUUUCAUUUAUUUAAAUUUAAAACAAAAAAAAACAAAAUCACAAAUAAUGCAUGCUGCAUAUAUUAUUAUUCAUAAAAAUCAUGUUAUCAUAUAA